UGCUGUGAAGGGCUGCAUGUGAGAAAACCACCCAGAAGAUGUUACUGUCGAUGGGAAUUGGGAGUUACAGGGCCAGCGCUGCUAGCUGAUCUUGAACUUUCUCCCCAGUGCUUUUCUGUUUGCCUGCAGACUGAAACCUUCUUGAACCUGCCGAAUACGUGACAACCUUUACCCUUCUCCAAACCAGAACUUUAGCAGCCGAGAGGACGCGCCCCGGGCUCCCACGCUGUCCCUCGCAGCGCUUCCCCCAUCGCAGGAAUAACAUGCGUGGAAGUCCUUGCUAUUGUUGAUCACCUGUACCCCAGCACAAGAGCUCCAGCUUAAUCAUUCUCUGCUCUCAGAACAUGGAGGAAAAUGAUGAUGAAAAAUACAAUCAAGCUGGCCAGAUAUUUGAAAACUUUGUACAGGCAUCAACAUGCAAAGGCACCAUUCAGGCCUUCAAUAUUCUCACUCGCCAACUUGACUUAGAUCCUUUGGACAACAGAAACUUUUACACCAAACUAAAAUCGAGAGUGACCACGUGGAAGGCCAAAGCUUUGUGGAACAAGCUUGAUAAGAGAGCAAGUCACAAAGAGUAUAAACGUGGGAAGUCUUGUAUGAACACUAAGUGUUUAAUUAUCGGAGGUGGCCCCUGUGGCCUGCGGACUGCCAUAGAGCUUGCCUUCCUGGGAGCCAAGGUUGUCGUGGUGGAGAAGCGGGACACUUUCUCCAGGAACAACGUGCUGCACCUCUGGCCCUUCACCAUCCACGACCUUCGGGGACUGGGAGCAAAGAAAUUUUAUGGCAAGUUCUGCGCAGGAUCUAUUGAUCACAUCAGUAUUCGACAGCUUCAGCUCAUCCUCUUCAAAGUUGCACUUAUCCUUGGAGUGGAAAUUCACGUGAACCUGGAAUUCGUGAAAGUCCUGGAGCCUCCUGAAGAUCAAGAAAACCAAAAGAUGGGUUGGAGAGCUGAGUUUCUCCCCAUGGAUCACCCUUUGUCAGAGUAUGAAUUUGAUGUUAUCAUUGGUGCAGACGGCCGCAGGAACACGUUGGAAGGCUUCAGGAGGAAGGAAUUUCGUGGAAAGCUGGCUAUAGCAAUCACUGCCAAUUUUAUAAACAGAAAUACAACUGCAGAAGCCAAGGUAGAAGAAAUCAGUGGGGUUGCUUUCAUCUUCAAUCAGAAGUUCUUCCAGGACCUGAAAGAGGAAACGGGGAUUGACCUGGAGAAUAUUGUUUACUAUAAAGACAGCACGCAUUAUUUUGUGAUGACAGCAAAAAAGCAGAGUCUUCUGGACAAAGGAGUGAUUAUUAACGACUCUGUUGACACCGAGCUGCUGCUCUGUGGGGAAAAUGUGAACCAGAGCAAUUUGCUGUCCUACGCCAGAGAAGCUGCUGACUUUGCAACCAACUACCAGCUGCCUUCCUUGGAUUUUGCAAUUAAUCAUUAUGGCCAGCCAGAUGUAGCAAUGUUUGAUUUUACCUCCAUGUAUGCAUCUGAAAAUGCUGCGCUGGUGAGAGAGAGGCACAGACAUCAGCUCCUGGUGGCUCUUGUUGGAGAUAGUUUGCUUGAGCCCUUCUGGCCGAUGGGCACUGGCUGUGCAAGAGGCUUCCUGGCUGCCUUUGACACGGCGUGGAUGGUGCGGGGCUGGGCGCAGGGGAAGCCCCCGCUGGAGAUCCUGGCUGAACGAGAGAGCAUUUAUCGACUCUUGCCUCAGACGACCCCUGAAAACAUUAAUAAGAACUUUGACCAGUACACCAUUGACCCGGGAACAAGAUACCCAAACUUGAACUCGAGCUGUGUUCGACCUCACCAGGUGAGACAAUUAUAUGUUACCAAUGAGCUACAGCAGUGUCCUCUUGAGAGAGUGAGCUCCAUUAGAAGAUCAGUGAACCUCACAAGACAGGAGUCAGAUAUUCGACCUAACAAGCUUCUGACGUGGUGCCAGAAGCAGACGGAGGGAUACCGAAACGUCAAUGUCACUGACCUGACCAGCUCCUGGAAAAGUGGCCUUGCCCUGUGUGCCAUCAUCCAUCGCUUCAGGCCUGACCUCAUUGACUUCGAGGCGCUGAACGAAGAGGACGCGGUGAGGAACAACCAGCUGGCCUUCGACGUGGCCGAGCGGGAGUUCGGCAUCCCGCCGGUGACCACGGGCCAGGAGCUGGGCUCGGCCGGGGAGCCCGACAAGCUCAGCAUGGUGCUCUACCUGUCCAAGUUCUACGAGCUGUUCCGCGGCACGCCGCUGCGCGCAGUCGAUGCUGCUGAGAAGCAAAAUGGAGAAAAUAAUGAUCCUGGUUCACUAAAAUCAUCAAAUUUCAUCUUUAAUAAUUAUAUCAAUUUAACUUUACCAAGAAAACGAGUACCAAAGGCUGAAGGGAAAACAGAAGAGAAUGAGACGAACAAGAGGCGUCGGAAAGGCCUCUUUGGUGUCUUUGAGCAGACUUCAGGCUUUCCAAGCCAGGGGACAAACAGUGGGAAAGAACAGAGUGAAUGCAGAGAAGGAGUGAACCAGAACAAAGUCAAAUCUAUGGCUACUCAGCUGCUGGCAAAGUUUGAAGAGAAUGCUUCAAAUACAGUUCUGAGGAGACAGGAGCUAACAGAUAGACCAGCCCUGCUCUCCUCUGACCCUCCUGUUAAUCCUCGCUUUGCUAAACCUAUGGAUCCAAGCCUUCUUCCACCUCAACCAAAAAGGCAGUUUCAGGUGGUAGCUAGGAGUGAACACGAGGUCAGGGAACCCAAACAGUCUUUAAAUGGUUCUGAUCAUAUGGCCAGGAGAGCAAAGACUGUGCACAAAACAGAUCCCCAGCCCAGUCUGUCAGAAACCUCUGAAAAUCUCGCCUCUGCCUGUUCUGCUGCAUUUGUACUUUCUGGAGUGCUUGAGCGUCUUCAGCACCUGGAGGAAAAAAUGAAACAGAAAAGAGCUCAGACCAUAGCAAAUAGGGAAUUCCAUAAAAAGAACAUUAAAGAGAAAGCAGCACAUCUCGCCUCAAUGUUUGGAUACAUGGAGUUUCCAAAGAAUAAGCUACCUACUAAAGGCUUACCCCAUUCUCAGCCCCCAACUCCCUCUUGCCCUCCACCUCAUCAUUCAGCUGUUGCUGCUUCAUCAUCUGUUGGUUCAGCUUCCUCUGCUGUUUCUUCUCAACAGGGUUCUCUGCGAAAAGAAUUCCCCAAGUCCAUCGGGGGCAGUGACAUCUGCUAUUUCUGCAAGAAACGGGUCUAUGUCAUGGAGAGGCUGAGUGCAGAGGGCCACUUCUUUCACAGGGAGUGCUUCAAGUGUGAAAUCUGUUCUACAACACUCCGCUUAGGAAUUUAUGCCUUUGAUGUUGAAGAAGGUAAAUUUUACUGUAAACCUCAUUUUACGCACUGCAAAAUGAGUACGAAACACAGAAAGAGAAGGGCAACAAUACAGAUCCAUGGAAAGGAGGCGAUAGACGCGUGGAAGAAAGCGGAAGCCAAACCCACAGAGAUCACCACAGAAAGCAGUUUGUCCACUGCUAGCAGUCCAGAGGACAGGUCCCCAGGCUGCUGCCUGCCCAUGGCUGAUGAGCCCAGCUCCCCCAAGAAGGCGAGGAGCAUCCCUGAAGAGCAGGAGCUGGAGCCCUGGUUGUGCCCCCCUUCCCCCGAGUGGGCCAUCGUGAGGGUCAUCCCCGAGGAGGAGAUGGCUGAGCACAACCUCCUGGCUGUUCGAGUCAUGGUCACCAGCGAUGCUAGCAGCUCUGAGCUGGAGCUGGAUGUGCCCGGGGGCUCCUCGAGCUCGGAGGUGGGUGAAGCCCAUCCCUCGGUGCCAGCCUCGCCCCCCGCCUGCUCCAGCCCCAUCCCGAGGUGGGCAUCGCUCAUCAGGAGCCCCACGGUGCCCCAGGAAAGCUCCAAAACAUCCAAAGUGGCUGAUGCGCUCCAGAGAGCCAACAGUUUCCAGUCCACGGCGUUAAAUAAGUAUCAGAAUUGGAGGAGAAAAAUCCAAACGAGCUUUCCUCUGCUGUCAAGCAAGAAACCUGGGCCACACGGGAAGGAGAGCUCAGGGAGCUGCCAGGGUGGUGCUGCAGAGGAGCACUGCCAGACACAGUUGGCUUCUUACAAGAAAUCACCAGAAAUUCCAAGAGGACAUUUCAAACCCUGCAGCCCGGUGUUUCAAAGAAAAGAAAAAGCCAGGGAGAUGCCUGAAGACACCCAUUGCUGUGUUCCCCACUGUCCCUUUCAGAGCAGCACCACGGGCUCUCCACAGAGCCCUGCUGGGAAUCAGACACUGGCUGCUGAUUUUCCUGAGCCUGAAGACACAGACAGUGACAGCUCAGCCUGGGACUGGAAGGAAAAAACAUGGAAAUACACCUUUGAACCAGAGCACCUUAACAGGGAGACAAACACACUGUCAUCUCUGGACUUGAAAGAGAAAGAUGGCAAAGCCAGCAGGCACCCAGAAGAGGAGUUUGAGCGAGAAUUUAAGGAGGCAAAACAGAGGCAGCAGCAGCAGCAGCAGCCCCUGUGUGGCUCAGACAGGCCAGAGCCAGGAGGGAGCAGUGCAGGCUGGGCAAAGGACAGAGCCCCCAUGGCUCUGGACAAAAGGGAUCCUGCCUGGACAAAAGAAGUGUUCAAACGCCCUGGCUGCCCUGGACAGCUGCCCCUAUUUGCAGAUGGUUCUCCACCAGCUUCAUCAGUGCACACCAAGGGUGCUCUGAGGGCUCCAGAUGUGGUGUCCAGGGAGCAUGCAGCCACCCAGCCAAAGUCCCCACUGAGGCUCAUAGCCAAUGCCAUCAGAAGGUCCAUUUGGGAGCCUCUGACCUCAGCUCCAGAAGGAUUAAAGCAGGACUUGGACAGCAAAGUCAAAGCCUCCUCAGAACAAGCCUUCUUCAGCUUCCCCAGCGCUCCUGGGUAUUCCCUGAGCCAAAGGAACAGGAACAACAAUAACACUCAGUCACAGCAUCCUAAAACAAGGGAGUGGGCAGGAAAAUAUGUAGGAGAUGGGAGCCCUUACUCAAAUCAGUCUCAUUCUUCUGUGGGUUCAGAAGGGAUAUCUCUAAGGGACUCCAGGGAGGAGGUAUCCUUCACACCCCACAGGCCCUCCAGGACAGCCCAUAUACCUCAGAAACCAGCUUGCACUAGGAUGGAGGAGGUCCCAGGACUCCUAGAAAAGUUCACCUUUGAGGACAGUCCUCUGGGGACUCCCAUGGAUGAAAUAUGUGUCUGUAAGGAAAAGUCCACUCCCCUUUCAUCUGCAGAGCCCAAGGACAGUCUGGGUGACUGUGCACAGAAAGGGUCACUCUUCAACAGACUGAGAAGCAAAGCUCAUGAGAGGGAACGGAAUUCCUUGGUGUCAUCUCUGCCUGUCCUUAAGGACCAUUCUCCAGAGAGGUUGUGCUAUCCUUUCACAGGAUAUAAACACAUACCUGUCAGAAAACAAGCUGCUGACUAUUCUACUUCAUCCUCUGAUGAGGAGUUUGAAUCCAAGCCUUCAUUAACACACAAGGCAAAAAAGGCUCUCAGAAAGAGAAGGAAGCUGGAGAAGGAGACAAAGCAGUUGAUUAAACAAGAGGAGCUGAAGAGGCUUCACAAAGCACAGGCAAUCCAGCGCCAGCUAGAAGAGCUGGAGGAAAGACAAAGAACUUUGGAGAUUUUUGGAGUCGAACUGGAGAGAGAACUGAGAGGAGAAGCAGAUUCAGGCACAAAGGAUGAAAAUCAGAUGCUACAUGAAUGGUUUGAGCUGGUCAUGGAGAAGAAUAAAUUAAUGCGUUAUGAGUCUGAGCUCCUGAUUAUAGCCCAAGAGCUAGAAUUGGAGGACCACCAAAGCAGGCUGGAGCAAAAGCUGAGAGAGAAAAUGGCCAUUGAUGACAGCCUUAAAGAUGAGAUGGAUCUGAACGAGGAGGAUGAAAUUUUUACUGAGAUGAUGAAAGUGGUUGAAGAAAGGGACAGACUCGUAUGUGCCUUAGAAGAGCAGAGAGUGAAAGAAAGAGCAGAAGACCAGCACUUUGAAAGCCUUAUUUUAUCUACAGGUUAUCAGCUGAGCAGGAUUUAAACAGCCACGUGCAAACAAACAUCCUUUCAGCAGUAUUUCCUGUCACGGAGAUCCGCUCUUCUGGAAAAUGAAGGAAUUCAAAUUUUAAAUCAACUUAUUUGGGAAGCACGUCAUUUUGUUAUCAAAAGCUUCAAGGCAGGUCUUUUGCUUAGACCAGAGACAGUCAUUUCACUGUGAGCUCAAAGGACCACUGGGAUCCAGGUUUGGACUGAAUGUGUCUGUCUGACAGGCACCAGGGCCAGUGAAAGGGAAAUCAGAGCUCCAUUAUGCUCUUGGAAUUUUAUUUUAAUGCUGAGAGUAGAGUUUCUGAGGAACAUGAUGACAUCAUUUAGUAUUUCUGAGACAGCCUUACUCUCCAUCUGUUAGUCUGAAUCUCUGUGUGGCUUUGUUAAUAUUUUGGCACAGCCAAGCCGUGGUCAACUAGAGAAAAGUCAGAAAACAAGCAUCUCAUAAAAAUAGGGUUAGUCUUUAUUUCUGGUGGAGGAAGAGUCAUUUGACUAAUAACUACAUAUGAGCACUUGCUGAAACUACUGUAAAUGCAAUGCCAGAAAUUAAUUUUUCAGGUAUUUAUAAGUUUUAUUGCACUGUGUAUUUUUGAACAAGAAAUUAAAGCAUUAUUAAAUGCCUGCGUUUUGUAAAAGGCUAAGGGAUUAUCAAAGGGGUGACUAUCCUUACAGCUGUUACAUGCACAAAAAAGUUUCUGUAUAUCAGAGACUAAGGUCUUUAAAAUCAGAAAAAAGGAUAAUUUAAAAAUAGUAAUUCAGUCCCAAUUGGACUACAGGGCAGACUUUAGUAGGGCAUACUUUAAAAUUUCUUCACAAAACACAUCACAAAUUGUAUUGUUGGGUGUAAUAAAUGUUAUAGUAGUUAAAGCCUUCCCUGACAACCAUCCCAUAAAAGGACUACAAAAAAUGUUGAGUUUUUAGUAUCAACAUUUGAUAGAAAAUAUUGUGAGUGUAUUUCAAUUACAUUUAUCCUGCUGCUUGAGAAUAUAUAUUUUUUGCUUAAAGGGACCAUCUCCUAUCUUUUUUGUACAUGCAUUUGUAGAUAUUGGUAAAAAGGCAUGCAGAUAUUCUCCUAAUUUAAGUAACUUCUUAAAUCUGAGAUAAUUCUGCCAAUUUAAGAUUGGUAAUAUUCCCAGCUGUAUGUGUGAUACAGUAGAUUUUCAAACUGGAAAAAACAAGAGGAAACUGAAAGACUGUUUUUUGAAUAUCAUUUUACCUCAUGCUUUGAGAAGAUUUGAUGUUCUCAUUAUUUUGUGAAUGGUGCUAAUUUGCAGCAUCUUCCUGUGGUACAGCCAAAGAUAGAAGCAUUCCCAUUAAAAAAGCUUUAAACUGAAAAACCUCUUGGUGGGUACUGGUAAAGUAACAAACACACUGGAUCCUGUCACAAUAAUUUCAGAGUUGUCUUUAGGGUUGGUUUGGUUUUGUUUUUGUUUUUCCUUCUUUAUUGCAAGAAAUUUGAAAUAUCCUUUCUAAAGGUAAAAGCAAGUUUUUGCUAUUGGUCACAGAUAAAUAAUAUACCUCUGUUGGUGCAAGCUUUAUGCUAUUGCUCUGCAAUAUUUAUUUAUAUCUAUUUAUUAGACUGUUUGGAGAGGGUAAGAGUGUCUGGUUGCAUCUUACAGUUUGGAUGUUGUCUCUGAUUUUGAUUGAAAAAUGUGUAUUUCUAACAGCUGUGUACAGCAAAACUGUGCCUUGUAGAGUAGACAGCUUUAUAGGUUUGGUACAUAAUUAGCAUUAAAAUAUGAAUUAAGAUUUUAAACAGUGUUCUCAGUGACUGUAACUUGAAGGGAUACCCUUAAAAUGUAACAUUCAGGGCUUUAACAUACAAUUUGUCUUCCACCACAGUGAAAAUAUAUGGAAGAAAUACUUAAAUGUUUUCCAAAAUUUACCACCAGACUUUUUCCCCCUCUCAUUCAUAGGCUAAGCAUACCUGAUCUUCAGAUGACAUUUUUACUGAGAUGGAUUGCAGUGAUUGAUUCUUUAAACUAACUCUAUUACUUAAGACUGACACAAAGUAGGAGAGGCAGAGCAGCAACAAAUAUUUUCAUUUUCUCUGUUGAGAUCUGCUGGUAUUUCCAGUUUGGGGGAGAAAAUUUCUGGGUUUUAUCACUGUCCCCAAUCCUCCCUCAUGCAGUCCUGUAGAAAAAGACAGUCUAGGAAAUGUCACAGUUUUCUGUGAAAAUCAUAAUGAUUUCAAGGUAUUUUUCAAAAGUUAGAAAGCAAAAUUCUUAGAGCUUUGCAAAGGAGGAGAAUUCUGCAGAAAUCUCCAGUUAUAUCAAAGAUUGGUUUUCUCACCUCACUUUUACAAUUAAGUAGUCCCAUUCACAUUAGUCUUGCUGCUGCAAACAUGCCCUGAGAUUUCAGUUUACAGCAGAUAGAUAGAUACCUGUUCAGCUAUAAAACCAAACUCCAAAGGGUGCUUUCCCUUGAGCUUCAAAGAUUUGCACUCAGAGUCUGCAGGAGCUGAGGGCCAUCAGAACUUUAUGGACAUCAAAAACAUUCUUUGCUAAAGAAGCACUUUUCUACAUGCCCUGUGGUGGUUACACGUGUUCCACCCAAAACUGUCUGCUCUUGGGUGGAAAAACCUGUCAGGCUACUGCUGCCCUGCCUGAUAUUGAGUACCUCACAAGAUCAGACCCAAAAAUAAACUGUGCAAGUGAUUUAGAAAAUCAUAAACUCCUAAGUCGUUUAAAGCAGGUCUUUGUGUAUUGUGAGAGUAGAGAAGGGGGUUAAAAAAAGGAGAAGCUAUGUGCACUGUUGCCAGGUCCAUUUGUUAUGGCUGGCUUCUACUAGAAAUGUAUUUAAACACUGGUUUGGUUAUCAGUUUUCUUGCUGCUCAAUCUUUUCUGUAACUUGGCUCCCUAAUUUAUAAUAGAUUUGUUCAUUUUUAAGUUGAUGGCACUGUCAUUUUGGGGUAUAGCACUGUCAUUUUGGGGUAUAAUGUGAUGUGCUGGAAUGUACUGAGUGUGUCUAAAUGGGCUGGUUGUGAGAAAUUAUCUAUUUGAAAGAAUAAAAUUCUGGCUCACUCUUGAA